AUGGCUUCGCAACAACAAGACAACCCCGCCGAUAAGUUCGACCACCUCCCCCUCAGCACACACAAACCGCUGGAAUGCGCCCUCCGCGGGACCGUGCUGUUAAACCAUCCCUUCUUCAACAAGGGUUCUGCGUUCACCCGGGAAGAACGACGUGACUUCAAACUGUCAGGCCUACUGCCCCAAAGUAUCCAGACACUGGAGCAGCAGGUCCAGCGCGCCUAUCAGCAGUAUUCCGCGCGGGCGGACGAUCUGGCGAAGAAUACGUUUUUAACGUCGAUGAAAGAGCAGAAUGAGGUGUUGUAUUUUAGGCUACUUUUAGACCACCUUGAGGAGAUGUUUAGCGUUGUCUACACCCCCACCGAAGGUGAUGCGAUCCAGAACUUCUCGCGCCUGUUCAGACGCCCACAGGGCAUCUUUCUGAACAUACAUGACAUCGACCGCAUCCACCAUGAUUUGUCACUCUGGGGAACGGAAGAAGAUAUCGACUACAUCGUCGUGACUGAUGGCGAAGAAAUUCUCGGCAUUGGGGACCAAGGAUGUGGCGGUGUCCUCAUCUCCAUUGCCAAACUUGCCCUCAUGACCCUGUGCGCCGGUAUUCACCCCAACCGUGUGCUACCUGUGGUGUUGGACUGCGGUACUGAUAACGAGUCACUCCUGCACGACCCCCUUUACCUCGGGUUGAAGGAGAAACGUGUGAGGGGCAAAAAGUACGACGAGAUGGUUGACACAUUCGUCAAGUCUGCGCGGGAACUCUACCCGAAAGCAUACCUGCAUUUUGAGGACUUUGGCUUCACAAACGCACGGCGACUACUCAAUAAGUGGCGGCCGGAAAUACCGUGCUUCAACGAUGACGUGCAAGGGACCGGAUGUGUGACCCUUGCUGCCAUAUUUGCGGGGUUGCACGUCUCAAAGAAAAAGUUCAAAGAUCUCCGUCUAGUGGUUUUCGGUGCGGGAACUGCCGGUGUAGGCAUUGCGGAUCAAGUGCGUGAUGCCAUCGCUACAGACUGCGGCAUUAGCAAAGAGGACGCUUCAAAGCAAAUAUGGCUCAUCGACAAACCUGGUCUUCUAACCAACAAGGUUGAGAACCUCUCGGAUGCCCAAAAGACUUUUGCAAGGUCGGAAGACUGGAGCGGCAAGAAAACAGAUCUCAUGGGCGUCGUCAAGGAAGUCAAGCCAAACGUCCUGAUCGGAACGUCCACUGUACCCUCCGCUUUCACCGAGGAAAUUGUCCGGGAGAUGGCAUCGCAUGUGGAUCGUCCCAUCAUCCUACCGCUCUCCAACCCUACAAAGCUUCACGAAGCUGUCCCUGCAGAUCUCUUUGCAUGGACCAACGGCAAAGCACUCGUCGCCACGGGUAGCCCGUUCAAACCAGUCAAAGGCCCCUGGGGCUCGGAUGAAAAGGAGGUGGAGAUGAAGGUGGCCGAAUGCAACAACAGCGUCGUGUUCCCCGGGAUCGGGUUGGGCGGCGUAUUGUGCCGGGCCCGGCUCGUGACAGACAAGAUGCUUGUCGCAGCCGUCAACGGCGUGGUCGAGCACAGCCCGGCGCUGAGGGACGACACGGCGCCGUUGCUACCGGGGGUCGAUGUGGUACGUGAGGUGAGCGUCAGCGUGGCGCGAAAGGUGAUUCAAGCUGCGGUAGAGGAAGGCGUCGCAACACAAGAUGGCAUUCCUGGGGAUGAGCAGGAGUUGGACGAGUGGAUCGCGGCGCAGAUGUGGGAGCCCGUGUACCGCCCGUUGAAGUACGUCGAAGCACACACUGCGAGUCGCCAGGCCAAAGGUGAGCUGCGUGUCGUGGGUAGUCUACCGGAGCGAGAUUGA